ACCUAAUGGAACCUAGGCUACGACGGCAGUAAUAACUGUCCCUUUAUAACAAUUUAUAAUAGUAAUCUCUUUAAUAUGUGUAUACAAUAAAGCCGUCUGUACAAUCACGUUAUAGAAGAACAAAACAAAAUACACGUGUCCCUUUCUUUCAGUAUAUAAGUAUAUCGUAUCUUCUCUUUAUAAUGUGAUGAAUACAAGCCAAUGCACCAAUGUUAAUAAAAUAAAGUGAAAUUUAAAUCACUCCAAACGCUUAUUAACCAAAACGUUCUCUUUAUAAUAAAUUGUAAUAUAAGCGAUUCUGCCUCUUUAUAAUAAUUUGUAAUUUUGUAAGUCUUCACUCUUUAUAAUGUGUUUAAUAUUCAACGAAUUCACUUCCACAAAUCUCUUUAUAAUGUGUUUAAUAAACGAGAAUAUGUGCGAGAAAAAAAAAAUAUACGUCCGUCCUCUUUAUAAGUUUUGGCACGAGGCCUUACCUCUUUAUAAUGUGUUUAAUAUAAGCGAAAGGUACUCAGAAAUAUUUCUAAGUUUUAUAUUAAUUAUUAUUAUAUAUUAUUAUUAUUAUAUUAUUAUUAUCAUAAGGCUAUUGAUAAGUAAAGUAUCAAACACGUCACGAUGAAAACGAUGUCUAAACAAUAUAUACAAAUAAAUUUCAUUACUCGCUACUUCAUAAUUGGCAAAGCAUCACAGCGCAAAGAAAAAUACUACUCGUCACUAGUAAGAAAACUCAAGAAAAAUGAUCAGAAGGAAGGAAAAACAGUAUAAUUCGAUAAAAAACAAGAAAACGGGUAUUUCAUCUUCACUAUCGUGGGGGAAUAAAGUAUCUCAUUGGAUCUCCUGGUACUGGUCAAAACUGACACAUGAUACUCACGAAGACGCACUAGGACUGUCUUUAUACACUCUCGCCAGUGGAAAACAAAACGCCCAUUCUUCCUGUUCGUUUCGAGACACGACAGAAGCAUUUUUCUUUGAGCAUACCACGACGCGUUUCGACCGAUGCUCAACGAUCUCAUCAGGUGGUCCUAAUACUCUUCGGUUCAGAUGUUUAGAACUCGAAGGUCUUACUUUUCUGCUCUGAUCAAUAGAUCUGAACUCGAAAAGUAACUUACUGAGAAGGAUAUGAUGCUAUUUAUACACAAAUAUAUAUACAUGUCGAGGUACUAUUUUUUGAUAUAUCAGUGGUUAGACUGUAUAUUUAAAGAAAAAUAGCAGCCAUCGACUGACGUGAUUUUUCUUUAUCAGUACACUCGGUCCUUGUAUUAUUUUCAUUUUUUAUAUUUUUGCAUCAAAUAUUCCUCUUCUCAGGAAAAUGAUCGUCAUGUCUCUUGUAGUAAUGUCAGGCUUAUAUUACAAAUUAUUAUAAAGAGAUACCCUGAAGAGCUUUUAUUUUAAUAAAAGUGAAACCGGUCGGUAAUCAAUUUUUAGAAUCAAACAAACACUCAAUUCUCCCUUGCAUGUCAUUGGUGCUUUUACAGCCAGUCUCUUUCUAGAAGAUUAGGUGUGUUGUAAAUACGACCUCCUCCUCUUUUAUUUUUUCGAAGUGGUCGAACAUUCGUCAAUUCGGCAUACAAGCAGAAUUUGACAUUUCGACCCUCAAUCGGUCAUCCGUCGGCACGUUCAGUGCCACUAAAGCACUUACAUGGGGGGCAACUACCCGAUCAUGCACCAGAACGUCCGACAGCGAGUCCUCUAAUGCAAGGACCCCAGACCGUGUCAGUGUCGAGUCUUUCUCGGCCGAUUCCACGGAAGAAGGGAUGUUUCUGGAUCGAUCACCAGACAACGGAGUCAGCGAUCUCGACGAACUGGCCGCACAACUGGACCUCGACCUCGUUGAAGACUGAAAUGUCUUCUUUUAUCGUGUCGUUUUGUCUGUUUUCUGUUUUUGUUGUGUUCGUUUUGUCUGUUUUCUGUUUUUUCGUUGUUUUUUUUUUGUUUUUUUUUAUAUAUAUUUUUUUUUUUACGUGUUUGUUUGUGUUUUCUAGAUACCCUGAAGAGCUUUUAUUUUAAUAAAAGUGAAACCGGUCGGUAAUCAAUUUUUAGAAUCAAACAAACACUCAAUUCUCCCUUGCGUGUCAUUAGUGCUUUUACAGUCUCUUUCUAGAAGAUUAGGUGUGUUGUAAAUACGACCUCCUCCUCUUUUAUUUUUUCGGCAUUAGUAAAAGAAAAUGGAACGGUCGAAAAACUAUCUUAAAGCUACUAUCUGUUUUAAAAAAACUCGAAAGGUUAAAUUUCAACUGCUCUUCAAUCUGGUUUUCUUACGAGUGGUUCAAGACUCGGAGGUGACGGCGGCGGUAAUAACAGCAAUGAGAACGGGAACAACAAUGGUGAAGGCGCUAAUAACAAUAAUGAUGGAGGUAACGGUGCCAAUCAAGACAGAUUAGCAGGACUUGUACAGCGUUUGUUAGAGAAGUAUCCGAAUCGACGAUACUACGCAAAACCGGUCGAUUAUCCAAUCACACGUAAUAUAGGUGGUAAACCAAUCAAUCCACUUUUACCGGACGAUGGUACACCACGAACUGAUAGCGAGACUCCGGACGUUGACAAUGUUGUCAAUCGACACAACGAACUCGUUGAAGGUGGUAAUCAAUUCAGAGGAUUCAGAGAAUGUCCACCAACCAGUGCUGCGCCAUCGAAUCAACCAUCAACGAACAAUAUUGCCGGUGGUGCAGCAGGAGCAGGUCCAGCUGAGGAAAAUAAUUGGAGUGGAAUGUACACUUCACCACCGCCCGACAUCGCCAAAUGGUACAUUGACGAUAAUCAUGAACGUUCAGGUACUAUCAGUCGUGUUUAUGAGCCUGAAGAUGCUGCCAAACUCUAUCACACAAAUAUCGGACUGGAAACAGGACAAGGAGAAGGAGCACUGAGAGCAGUUAAAGAGUAUUCAGAUAGUAAAUACAUCUUCAGUGGUCCUCAAGAGUCGAAGAAACUUGAUUUAUUCACUCGUUAA